CCUUGGCUAGUUAUAGAGUUUAUACAAUCAUUAACAGAAGAAAAAAUGUGGAACAGCAAUUGCUUACAUCCUCCACCAGUUUGCGAACUGAAGGUUACUCUUCAUCACAAACACAAAGCACAGCUACACCACAUCGCUCAAAUCUUGCAGCCGGCAGUGGAAGUCUGGAAGAACCAUGAGACUUUACUGAGCACGGAGCAGUAUGUAAUGAGGAGAAGUGUGUACAAACUUGCUAACCAAUUUCGCAGUGAGAAAUCUCUUAGAGGUCUUAAACAGGUAUUGAGUUGUCUGCAAAGACUUAAGUCCCUUGAUGUGAUGCAAGUGCUAUCCAGUCUUCAGGAGUAUGUUUCCAGCCCAACAUGGAGCAAGGAUGAAGGUUACUUGGUUUCCCGCCAGACAAUACAGUAUCACCUAGUUAGACUACAGGGGAUGGCAGGACUACUUACACAGACUGAGGGAUAUGCUGCCUAUACAUUCAACCAUAUACAGCAGCACCUGGAGGCUGGGAAGAUGGUUCCACAGAAUAUCAUGCUCAUGUCAGGAGCCGCCAGGAUAUGGUAUGUUUGUGGGUCAUUGUGUGAGCAUGUAUGCCAGUGGUAUGCUAGCAUGAUACAAGGACUCAGCAGUUUCCCACCAACUCCAGUACCAUGGGUAAAACUGAAGGAAGAACUACCAGAACACCUCCGUACUUGGUUGUCAUCUGUGUUUGGAAAUCAGCAGAGCAACAAUGACAAAUGCUCUGUUGCUCAAUAUGUUCAUGAACAGGGCAGUGACAACUUGCUACAGAGUUCCUCUCAAGCAGGGUCCACAUUUGUUGAAGACAUUGGAGAACCUGUUAAGAGACAAGAGGACACAAGUGAGCUAGAAUAUAAUGUGUCUGUGGUUGGUGCUUUACAGUCUGGUCAUGCAGAGAUGAAGUAUAGCCAUUCUGUAGGGAAAAAAACGCUUGAAAUGUUCAAGCAUUUACUGAAAAAGACAGUGAAGACAGCCAAUGACGUUGAAGCAUUUGAGCAGUCUGUCCGGACGAAUGAUGUGCAAUUAGGGUCUAGACACUUUCGUGUCAGCAAACAGGGUAGGAAGAAAUUACUUAAGAAGAUAAAGGUUUUAUGUUGUCAAGUGCGAGAUAAAGAAAUGAGUGAAAACUUUGAGAAAAUGUUGGUGAAGAAAAUAAGGAUUCCGAUAAGCAAGCUUUUACUGACAUUUUGUGAAGGUAGUGAAACAGUAGAAUCCCUUCAGAAUAACAACAUCAAUACGGAUGGCUCAUCUGAAAGAAAACAUAAUGUAAAAGGGGUGAACGAAAAUAAUACAGAAAAAAAGAAGAAAAAAAAUCGAAAUAAAAAAAGACAGAAAAAGAUACAAUGAGUAAAAAAAAAAAAAAAUGUAAGAGUCGAGAUUAUAAAAUUCAUAUCAUUUGUUGUUCUGAGUAAGGUUUGGUUAUGAUCAAAAUGGUCUAUAUUGUUUCAGUGUUGCUUAGCCCAUACAUCUUGCUGGUAUUCAUGAUAAUGUACUUAUAGUUAUACAAUGAUAUUUGCUGUUGUUUUUGACCAGGUUUUCAAUGAACUGAGGAUAUAAUGAUUGAUGCAUAGUGAAUAAAAUUUGUGUGUAGGUAGCUUAUGUAGAGAGCUAGCUUGGGAUGGCUUUUGAGGAGGUUGGGGGGCAAGGUCACUGCUACUUAAUAUAGAAACAUGGCUUAAGUUAGGAUUGAUGGCUAGUGAUGAAACUUGGUGUGUAGGUAGCAUAUGUGAAGAGCUAGCUUGGGAUUGCUUUUGAGGUGGUAGUGUCAAGGUCACCAAUACUAAAUAUGGCAAAAUGCUUUCAGCCCAAUUACUUAAGUUAUGGUUGAUGGAUAGAGGUGAAACUUAAUAUUUAGUUAGCUUAUGAGAAGAGCAAGCUUGGGAAUGCUUUUGAGGGGGUUGGGGUCAAAGUUUAGGUAAUACAUUACUUGUGCAUGUGGCAGCAAAACUAUAUCAUAAGAAACUUAACUAGAGUAAUUUUUAGUGAGAGUACUUUUUAGUUAUGUCUCUUUUUCCAAAAAGAAAAGAGAAUGGUUGCUGCUUAUUAUACCCCCGACAAACGAAGUUUGAAGGGGGUAUAUUGGAGUCACCCUGUGGUCGGUCGGUCCGUCGGUUUGUCUGUCGGUCGGUUGCAAUUUAACUUGUCCGGAGCAUAACUUAAAAACUACUGGAUGGAAUUGGAUUAAACUUCAUUCAAUGGUAGCGCAUAGUGAGGGGAAGUGCAGUGUACAAUAACCAUAACUCUAAUUCUUGCUUAUUACUGAGUUAUUGCCCUUUGUUACUUUUUUUUUGUCCGGAGUAUAACUUGAAAAGUACUGGAUGGAAUUCAUUGAAACUUCAUACAAUGGUACAGCACAAUGAGAGGAAGUGCAGUGUUCAAGAACCAUAACUCUACUUUAGAUUAUUACUGAGUUUUUGCCCUUUAUUUUAUUUUUUUCUGUCAAAUAUUUUUCCAGACAUUAUCUUGCAAACUACUAGAUGGAAUUUAUUAGAACUUCAUACAAUGGUAAAGCACAAUGAAAGGAAGUGCAGUGCACAAGAACCAUAACUCUAUUUCAGCUAAUUACAGAGUUACUGCCCUUUGUUACUUUUUCUUGUCCGCAGCAUAACUUGAAAACUAUUGGAUAGAAUUGAAUAAAACUUCAUACAAUGAUAGAUCAUAAUGAGAGGGAGUGCAGUGUACAGGAACCGCUAUUCUAUUUCAGCUAAUUACAUAGUUACUGCCCUUUGUUACUUUUUCUUGUCCAGAGCAUAACUUGAAAACUAUUUGAUGGAAUUUAAUAAAACUUCAUACAGUGAUAGAUCAUAAUGAGAGGAAGUGCAGUGUACAGUAACUGCAAUUCUAUUUCAGCCAAUAACAGAUUACUGUUUUCUUGUCCGGAGCAUAACUUGAAAACUAUUGGAUGGAAUUUAAUCAAACUUCAGACAGUGAUAGAUCAUAAUGAGAGGGAGUGCAGUGUACAGGAAGCGCAAUUCUAUUUCAGCUAAUUAUAGAGUUACUGCCCUUUGUUACUUUUUCUUGUCCGGAGCAUAACUUGAAAACUAUUGGAUGGAAUUUAAUAAAACUUCAUACAGUGAUAUAUCAUAAUGAGAGGAAGUGCAGUGUACAGGAACUGCAAUUCUAUUUCAGCCAAUUACAGAUUACUGUUUUCUUGUCCGGAGCAUUACUUGAAAACUAUUGGAUGGAAUUUAAUCAAACUUCAGACAGUGAUAGAUCAUAAUGAGAGGGAGUGCAGUGUACAUGAAGUGCAAUUCUAUUUCAGCUAAUUAUAGAGUUACUGCCCUUUAUUACUUUUUCUUGUCCGAAGCAUAAGUUGAAAACUAUUUGAUGGAAUUUAAUAAAACUUCAUACAGUGAUAUAUCAUAAUGAGAGGAAGUGCAGUGUACAGGAACCGCAAUUCUAUUUCAGCCAAUUACAGAGUUAUUGCCCUUUUUUCUUGUCCGGAGCAUAACUUGAAAUCUACCGGAUGGAAUGUAAUAAAACUUUAUACAAUGGUACAGCACAAUGAGAAGGAGUUCAGUGUACAUGAAUCAUUACACUAUUUUAGCAGAUUACAGAGUUAAUGCCUUUUUCUGUGUUUUUUGGUCAAACUCUUAACCGGACAGUUACUUGAAAACUACUAGAUUGAAUUUCAUAAAACUUCAUACAAUGAUAAAUCACAAUGAGAGGCGGCGUUCGGGGGUAUUAAUCACCUUCAGUGAUAGCUCUAGUUCAAACUCAUACAAGAAAUUAUUGGCUAUUGUUUGUGAAGAUCAAAAAGUAUGCGAAAAAGCGAUUUGUCGGGAACCGCUUUUCAACCAGUAAUUUCUAGUUGCCCUUAUGAAAAACCUGGUUUUGUCACAUUGCGGCACUUCUAAUUUAUUUAUGAAACAACUUUGGGUUAGUGUUUAUUUCAGAACGAGUUAUUAAUAAAAUUCUAUUAAUGGUUUGCUGUCAUAUUUUAAAAUUCCACAACAAUAAUGCUUUCUAUUAAUGUGAUUAACCAGGUUUUCACAAAGAGAAACCUGGUUAUGAAGUACGUCAUUAAUAUGGUGGGCAGGGGGUCGGCUUCAAACUUACCUUUGGUAUCAAAUAAAUUAAGUAAGGUUUGACAUUAAGUGACCAAAUUUGUUACAUAGGAGUUUAUGGAAACCUUUCAUGGGAUUGUAUUUGGGGCCCCUAGGGUCACUUACUAAAAAUAGAGAAACGGUUGGUACUGAAAAAACUUUAGUUAGGGUUGGCACAUUGUGACCAAACUUGACAUGUAGGAAGAGUUAAUGAAGGACAUUUAUGGGAUUGCAUUUUGGGCCCCUAGGGUCAAGGUCUAGGUCACUGUUACUAUAAAAAGAAAGAAAAAAAUUACUUGAAACUGAAUCUCACAACAAAGGCUCUUCAAUUAAUCAUUGAAAACCUGGUUAAGGCACAUUGCAGUGUUUCUUAUUUGUACUUCGUUGAAUAUACCUUUAUUGAAGAACACAACAAUUUCUAACUGUAUUUUCUGCCCAAUAAUGGUGGAAAUCAGCAACCAGUCAUUGAUUUUAAGAUAUAGUAUAGGAUGUUACUAAAACCAGAGCAGUACACCAUACCUUACAAAUUGUUCAUUCAAUGUUUUCAUUGUUCAUAUAUGAAAUGUGUAUACAUAAAUAUGUUUUUAAGCACAACAGUUUAAAAUGGAUCAUAAUCUCUGUAACUAUUUAUUAGCCUUGACAGCUCAGUUGUCUGAACGUCAGAAACAGAAUGUAGUUUUUUGUAAUUUGCAGUAGUUUCCUGCAGAUUUGAGCUGCUGACAGGGAAAUCUUGCUUUGUCAUUCUUAAGCAUCUUUACUUUUUCAUGUUUGUUGCUGAUAAUACAAGUUGUUCAGAUCAUUUUAAUGAAGACACAACAAUGAUAUAAUGUUAUUAUGAUCAUUAAUGAGAUAAGGACAUAAAUUAUUUUCUUAAAACUGCUGAUAAUCUUACACCUACAUGUUUUUGUAUGUCAUAUCAAAUAGUUUUUGUAAAUAUUAUGUAAUAAAACCAGUGUGAUACAACAAAACACUGUUAAUGACUAAAUAACCCUCACCAUUCCAGAUUCAUUAAAUACAAUGUGAUCUGCCAUACACAUGAUACUUUUAGACUCAGGUUAUUUUAAAGCAUUAUGUUUUUAUCUGAUAUGUGUUUUUUUGCUAAUAUGAAAUAUGUAAAUGAUUUAUAUGUUUUGAAAAAUGCUUGUUUGAUACUCUAUACUGUAACAUAUCAAAUAUAAUAUU